UUUUUUUUCCUUUUAUUUUCUGGAGUUCAAGGAGAAUUUCUUUUCGAGCAAGUACUGCUCCCACGAUAGGGCGACCUCCCAUCACACCCAAGUCAGCACCACAUUCAAGUCACCACAGGUGGCGUCCCAAAAGUCCGACAUGCCAUGCAUGUGUCAUCCUCGGACGCCGUCGUCAGCUGCGUGCUGCUGCCUAGCCCGGGGAUAUGUGCCGACAGAGCCGCUGCCACAAAAGGGGGGAAGGGGUGUGUGCCUACCUCGGUCUCCGCGGCGAAAGGCGAAGGGCUCUCUAGAGGGAGGAGCCUUUGA